GUGCGCGCGCUGACCGGGAUCUGAGAUUUUUGGGUGGUGGCUGUUUGUUUUACUGGAGCACCAGCAGCAAAUGCACAGGAAUGCAGUGGACCAGUUAACUGUACUCCGUCGACUUUAAGUGAAAUUUCUCAUUGUCCCUCGACUUUUAUCCCCGUCGCUAUAAUUUCACCCUUGUGUGUUGCUUUGUGUUGACGGGUUGUCCCGGUCAGACGAGUUUUUUUUUAUUCAUUCAGAGAUAACGCGCAGUGCUAACGGGAUAACACGCUAACUGAACACAGAUGCAGGCCAUAAAGUGUGUGGUCGUCGGGGACGGGGCUGUGGGAAAAACAUGUCUCCUGAUCAGCUACACCACCAAUGCUUUCCCUGGAGAAUACAUCCCAACUGUAUUUGACAAUUAUUCUGCCAAUGUGAUGGUUGAUGGGAAGCCAGUGAACCUGGGAUUAUGGGAUACAGCUGGCCAGGAGGAUUACGACAGGCUUCGACCACUUUCCUAUCCUCAGACGGAUGUAUUUCUGAUCUGUUUCUCGCUCGUGAGUCCAGCUUCAUUCGAGAACGUCCGUGCAAAGUGGUAUCCAGAAGUCAGACAUCAUUGUCCCAGCACUCCCAUAAUUCUUGUUGGGACUAAACUGGAUCUGAGAGAUGACAAGGACACAAUUGAGAAGUUGAAAGAGAAGAAGCUCACUCCUAUCACCUACCCUCAGGGCCUCGCUAUGGCCAAAGAAAUAGGAGCGGUGAAGUACUUGGAGUGCUCAGCCUUAACGCAGCGAGGCCUUAAGACGGUGUUUGACGAAGCCAUCCGUGCGGUACUGUGCCCUCCUCCAGUCAAGAAGAGGAGGAGAAAGUGUUUAAUUCUCUGAAUUGACUGCACGCACACGCCACCAGCUGCAAUCUGAGCUCACCUGAGAAAACAAACGAGGGGGAUGAUGGGAAAUGUGCGUUGAGGAAGAGGGAACGCAUACGUGCAAACUGAUAUUUCUCUUUUGCAUUGUGAUUAGAAAUACUCAACUAGCUUUUAAGAUGUCAGAAUAUUUACUUCUGAGAACAGGGAGUGGCAUCCAUACUAGUUUUCCCUGUACACUAAAAUAUUCCCGCUGCCUUUUAAUUAUGUACCUUAUUUUACUUUUAUUUCUACUUUAUAAAACUAAACACUCUUUUGGUUUAUCUUUAUUUGAGGCCAGAUAUUGUUUACAUUUGCAUUUUUUAAGAGAGAAUGGAUUAUUGCCAAAAAUCAAACCCAAGUAAUGGAUUUCAAUUUGCUAACACUAACUAUCUAACUUUAUUCCUGAAAGGGUGGGUUGAGUCGUGUGCACUCAGAAGAGAUAUUGAUCGCUGUAAUACUGAAGGAAGCGGUGUUAUGGCUCCCAUUCUGUAGCCUUUAUUUUAAAUUAAAAACACGACUAGUUUAAAUACACACUAUAAGUGUCAGUAUAUAGCAUAUUUUUACUACGGUAUCUUGACUAUUCAUGAUGUCGGAGGAGUUUGGCAGUGUUUUAUCAGUUUUGCAGUCCCUCAGUAUUGUAUUUAGACUACAGAUAUGAUUUUGUGCCAAGUAUCUGAGCAGAUAGAGGUUUUAAUUGUGAUCAGCAUGUCUGCAAUAUUUGUACCCUAAUUAAGGCAUAAAGAUCCCCAUAAACACUGUGCUUAAUGUAGUCUUGAUAGUAAGUCAAAGAUUAAACCUACAUGAAUGGUUUGUUGUACAGAUGAUAAGAGUAUUAGAUUUCGAAUUGGUUUUCAAUACAAUUCAAGGGAAGCGGUUAUUUACCAGAUUCUUUCAUUUCUUUGUGUAACAAUAGCAAAUUAAAUGCUUUAUUCAUGAUUUUACGGUCUCCACUAAAGCUACAAUGUAUUAACCUUUAUGUCUGAAAUAGAAACUGAAUCUAAAAA